AUGUCUAAUAAUAUAGAAGAUUGGUUUAUACCAGAAACAUCAGAAAAUCCUACAUUCAAAAAUAUAUUGGAUAAAAGUGGCAAAAAAACAAAUAUUCUACCUAAAAAAAAACCACUGCCUGAAGAGAUACAAAAAACAUUACCAGAAAUACCUAAUUUUGAUUUUGAUGCUCCUAUUGUUAUAAGAUUAAAAAAGAAAGAAAAUAAUGAGAUACCACCUAAUAUAAAAGCAGCUCCAAAAAUUUUAAAAAGAAAAUUGGAUUCUGGUGUUAAAGAAAUUAAAAAUAUUAAAGAACAAGUUAAAAGAGUUCAUUUUGAGAUUGAUAGAUAUCGUAUUGGAAUGACUAAAGAUCCAGCAGAAAGAUUGAAAGCUAAUAUUGAUCUUGCUAUUCGAUUAGGUGCUAAAAAGCCUAAAGGAAAGCCUAAGCAAAAUCAUUAA